AUAGAAGGUGUGCUGGGACAGGGAAGCGCAACCAGCAUUGCACUCUUUGAAAUCAAGAUGACAACCGGCUACUGUAUUGAAUGUGACUUUGAAGAAAAUCAUCUCUGUGGCUUUGUGAACCGCUGGAACCCCAACGUGAACUGGUUUGUUGGAGGAGGAACAGCUCGGAAUUCCCACUCCGUUCUCCCGCAGGAUCACACCUUCAGGAAUGAACUGGGCCACUACAUGUACGUGGACUCGGUGUACAUCAAGCACUUCCAGGAGGUGGCACAGCUCAUCUCCCCAGUGACCACGGCCCCCAUGUCUGGCUGCCUGUCAUUUUAUUACCAGCUCCAGCAGGGGAAUGACAAUGUCUUCUCCCUUUAUACUCGGGAUGUGACCGGCAUUUAUGAGGAGAUCUGGAAAACCGACAGUCCAGAGAGUCCUGUCUGGAACCUCGCUGAAGUGGAGUUCAGUGCUCCGUACCCCAUGGAGGUUAUUUUUGAAGUUGCUUUCAAUGGUCCCAAAGGAGGAUAUGUUGCUCUGGAUGAUAUUUCUUUCUCUCCUGUUCACUGCCAAAAUCAGACAGAGCUUCCUUUCAGUGCCUUGGAAGCAAGCUGCAACUUUGAGGAAGAUCUCUGCAACUUUUACCAAGAUAAAGAAGGUCCGGGCUGGACUCGGGUGAAAGUGAAACCAAACAUGUAUCGGGCUGGCGACCACACUUCAGGCUUAGGGUAUUACUUGCUUGCCAACACAAAGUAUACAUCUCAGCCUGGCUACAUUGGAAGGCUCUACGGUCCCUCCCUGCCAGGAAACUUGCAGUAUUGUCUACGUUUUUAUUAUGCCAUCUAUGGGUUUUUAAAAAUGAGUGACACCCUAGCCGUUUAUAUCUUUGAAGAGAACCACGUGGUUCAGGAGAAGAUCUGGUCUGUGCUGGAGUCUCCAAGGGGCGUUUGGAUGCAAGCAGAAAUAGCCUUUAAGAAGCCUAUGCCUACCAAGGUGGUUUUCAUGAGCCUGUGCAAAAGUUUUUGGGAUUGUGGACUUGUAGCCCUGGAUGAUAUUACGGUAGAAUUGGGAAGCUGCUGGUCUCCAGGGAAGCUUCCACCUCCACCUGGAGAGUGUACCUUCGAACAAGAUGAAUGUGCAUUUACUCAGGAGAGAAGAAACCGGAGCAGCUGGCAUAGGAGGAGGGGAGAAACUCCCACUUCCUACACCGGACCCAAGGGAGACCACACUACUGGGGUAGGCUACUACAUGUACAUCGAGGCCUCCCACAUGGUGUAUGGACAAAAGGCACGCCUCUCGUCUGGGCCUCUGCGAGGAGUCACCAGAAAGCACUGCUUGACCUUUUUCUACCACAUGUAUGGAGCAGGGACCGGCCUGCUGAGUGUUUAUUUGAAAAAAGAAGGUGACAGGGAAGAGGUCCUCUUAUGGAGACGAAGAGGCGAACAGAGCAUUUCCUGGCUCCGAGCGCUGAUUGAGUACAGCUGUGAGAGGCAACAUCAGAUAAUUUUUGAAGCCAUUCAGGGAGUGUCAAUAAGAAGUGAUAUUGCCAUUGAUGAUGUUAAGUUUCAAGCAGGACCCUGUGCAGACAUGGAAGACGUAUCUCAGCAAUCAUCGGGAUAUUCUGAGGAUUUAAAUGAAAUUGAGUAUUAAGAAAUAACCUGAAUUGGAUUUACUAAACAAAAGCCAUACCUCUUCAAUCAAAAUGAGAACAAAAUAAAUGAAUACUGGACAGUCUUAACUAUUUCAUAAGUUAUAAAAUGACUUCAGAGCACUCUUCUUCAUUGCUUUUGCAAAAAAUACUGACUCAGGGCUUUUUCUUUUUUUCAUAUGACAACUGUUACUAGCAGUACAGGCUGAUGGUUUUACAUAGAUUGUUCAUCUUAAUUUUGGUACCAGUUAAAAAUACAAAUGAACAAUAUUGUAGCCAUUUUUAAAGUAUACAAAUAAAGGGCACAAUCAAAAUGAGAUGUGCUCACUUAAAUCUGCAUUCAGUGAAUGUAUUGGGAGGAGAAUAUGUCUGUGGGUGUCUUUCAAAUUUUAAAUAUCAUAAGUAUUUUUAAAGAAAGAAUGUGGGGUGUCAGUAAUAUCUGCAAAAUGAAUGCAGUUUUUUAUGGUAACAAGUUAGUCUAAGAAUAUAAAGUCUUAUUUUCUAUGUUUUAUUCAUAGAAAUGGAGUAUUAAUUUUUAAAUAUUUUUACUAUAUGUGAUAAAGGUUUUUCAUGAGUGUCCCAGGGUAAGUCAGUAUUAAUUAAUGCUGUAUUACAAGGCAAUGCUACCUUCUUUUCCCCCUUUAAACUACUUUUGAAAGUCACUAUGAACACAUGGAUAGAAACUGCACUCUUUUUUUUUGUAAAGCAAGCUUGAAAAUAAUGACUAUAUACACAUGUUCAAGAAUUUUUUAAAUGUGUUAAACAAUUUUAUUGAUUUUUAUAACAAAUGUUUUGUUAAGAUUUUGAGUAAUAUAAAUUCCAGCAGAUUUAAUAAACUACUGCUUUUCUUUUACAUGUUUAGAAAAGUGUAUAUACAUGUUUAUAUACCUAAACAGCUGUUGUGAAAUUAUAAAAUUACCUAAUAAAAGAAAUUUCA